GUGAGCGCGGGUCCCGGGCAGCACCCCAACUUAAGCAGGGUGCCCCCUUUCCCCAGGCACAGACGUUGCAGGUAAUAGGGUCCACGGGCAGCUUCUCACUUCAGCGAGCUGUCCCCGGCCUCCGAGCACAGGCAGUGCAGGUGACGGGGGCGCGAGCAGCCCCCCAACUUUGGCGCGUGCCCCCGUUCCCCCUGGCACAGACAGGGCAGGUAUUCGGUCAGGCCCUGGGAGCAGCCCCCAUCUUCAGCGGGGUGCCCUUGUCCCCUGGGGAUAAGGGUGAUGGGGCCGAAACUGCGAGGACAGGUAGGAAUGUGCAGGAGGGACCCCGGGUAGGGGGCGGCUGGCUGGGGUAAAACCGACCCGCCGUAGCCCCACGAGGAGCAGUCGAGUUGUUUGUGUGGGGCGCAGGGGUUCAGAGUUUCCUAUAGAGGCAGAAGUCUUGGCUGGCUAUAGGAGGAAGACAGCUACGGCUAAAAACCUGGGUGCGUUUUCCUCUGCGGGGUCUACCUGCUGCGGAAGCUGAAGUAGGGGUGCGGUGCGGCCGCUGGUCAGCAGGGGCCCAGCUUCAACCCCUCUGGAGACACUUCUUCCUCUGUGGGACCCUGAGUGUUGAGCUCAGAGUUCUGAGUAAAUGUCUUUGCUUUUAAUGGGGUGUGAAUGUCCUGGGAAGCAGAAGACAUAUUUGGUGCAGGGCAGUAACCACUUCAGUUACUAACUUUUGCUACAGAUAAGAAUUCUCUUCACUCAGAGUGCAACGGGCUUUUAUUGUUUUCUCUGGCUGAGCUGCUGAGUCAAGUCGCCGCCAGUAGUUUGGAUUUUGUGCAGGAGUUAACUUCCUUCCAGGUGGAACACUGCAAGACAUAACAUUUUCACUGUCCUUUUAUUGCUUAAAAAUACAUUUUGAACAUCUCUUACAGGAAAUAACUUACUGUUUGUGUAGUUUAAAAAUAUUUGUCCCUUGAGCUCAAACAGCAGUUAUUGGCCCCAGGAUGUGACUUAAUGGCCAGCAUCUGCAGUUAGGUUGCAGGAUUCACAGACACGGAUGUCCCUGAUUCCUUGCCAGUAAGAAGUCAUUGUUCUCAGGUGCUAUGUCAUAAUUGAUUGAUGUUUCCAAGGGAGUUAUAGACAAUUAGGGAAGAGGUAAAAUUCAAAGUUACUCAAAAUAGCUUUUCUCCUUUUCAAAGCUGAGCUCUUAAGUUGACUUUCUAGUUUUACCAAUUUCAUCAUCAUUGAUAUUUUCGUGUGUAUAUUUUCUCCACAGCGUUUUCGUGGCGAAGUAAACUCUGGGAAUUCUGGUCAGAAGCCUCUGGCGGCUGGCGGCUUGGCCAGGAGCCCUGGGCUGUGUUCUGGAACUGUCCCCUGACCCCAGGGACCUGGGCCGAGGCCUCAGCACUGCAGCAUGGACCUGCCCGAGCCCGCUGCACGAGCCCUGGAGCCCGUCGCCCCGACGACUGUGCGCCCACCCGCAGGAGGUGCAGACGGUGCGGGAGCAGACGUGGUCGUGACCGUGGAGCCAGUGAGUCCGGCGAUCCCGCCCAGGGUCAGCCCCUACUCCGUCAUCGACAUCGCGCCCUUCCAGGAGGACCCGGGCCCCGGCCCGCAGGCCGUGGAGGAGGACAGCGCCGGCCCGCACGUGCCCAGCGGGUACUCGGUGCCCGUGCCCUGUGGCUACGCCGUGCCCUCCAGCCUGCCCGUGCUCCUGCCGGCCUAUUCCAGCCCGGUGCUCCUGCGCCCCGCAUCCCCGGAUGGAGAGGCGGAGACGCCAGAGGUAGCGGACGACAGCCGGUGCAAUUCUCUAAGCUCCGAGGACCCAGCAAACAGUGGAGAUCCGGCCUGCCCAGGAGACAGCGCCCUGGCCCACUGGGCCGCCGACCCGGCCAACACCGCGUGGAUGGACAAUCCAGAAGAAGCCAUUUACGAUGACGUGCCGAGGGAGAAUUCGGACUCCGAACCAGAUGAAAUGCUCUAUGACGAUGUGGAGCACGGAGACGAGGCUGGGAACAGCUCUCUGGAGGACGGGUGGAGUUCGAGCGAGUUUGAAAGCUACGGCGAGCAGAGUGACUCCGAGUGCAGGAACGGGGUGCCCCGGCCCUUCCUCCGCGGCGGCCACAAGAAGCAGCUGUCCCAUGACCUGGCCCGCUUGAAGGAGCACUAUGAGAGGAAGGUGAAGGAGCUGGUGGCCAGCACGGUGGGCUCAGUGGAGAUCCAGCAGCUGAAGCAGAAGCACGAGCUGAAGGUGCAGAAGCUCAUGCGGGCGGCCAGGGAGGGCACGAAGGACGGGCUCGAGAGGACGAAGGCCGCCGUGAAGAGGGGCCGCUCCUUCAUGAGGACCAAGCCCUUCGUCUCCCAAGAUGCCAGACCCGGUCCCGAAGAAGAACAGGACGUGUUCAUCGACGUCGACUGCCGGCACCCCGAAGCCGUCCUGGCCCCGAUGCCCGCGGGGCUGUCUCAGCAGCAGGUUGCAAGAAGAUACAUUCUUGCUUCGAUUGUCGACAGUGAGAAGAACUACAUAGAUUCUCUCACGGGGAUUCUGGAGCAGUACGAGAGGCCGCUGUCGGAGAUGGAGCCCAAGCUCCUGAGCGAGCGGAAGCUGAAGGUGGCGUUUCGCCGGCUCCGGGGGGUCCUGCAGUGUCACCGCCUGUUCCAGAUCGCCCUGGCCAGCCGCGUGGCCGAGUGGGACGCCGUGGAGAUGAUCGGCGACGUCUUGGUUGCUUCGUUCUCUAAGUCCAUGGUGCUGGACGCCUACAGCAGCUACGUCAACAACCUGGGCGCUGCGGUGGCCGUGCUGCGGAAGGCCAGCGCCGCCAAGCCCGCCUUCCUGGCCUUUCUGAAGCAGAGCCAGGGGUCCAGCCCGGAUGGCGUCACCCUCUACGGCCUGAUGGCGAAGCCCUUGCAGCGGUUCCCACAGUUCAUCCUGCUGCUCCAGGACAUGCUGAAGCACACGCCCCGGGGACACGCGGACAGGCUGCCCCUGCAGAUGGCGCUGGCGGAGCUGCAGACGCUGGCGGAGAAGCUGCAGGAGCGGAAGCGUGAUGCCGACCAGCGCUGUGAGGUCAAGCUGAUGGCGAAGGCCAUGAACGAGCGCUACCUGAACAAGCUCCUCAGCAGCGGAGACCGACACCUCAUCCGGUCCGACGACAUGAUAGAGACCGUCUACAACGACAGGGGGGAGGUCGUCAAAACCAAGGAGCGCCGGCUCUUCAUGUUAAGUGACGUGCUGAUGUGUGCCACCGCCACCGCCCGCCCCGCACACGACAGCAACGCUCUGGUGUCGGCCGGCAGCCAGCGGUACCUGCUGAAGUGGAGUGUCCCCCUCGGACACGUGGAGGUGCUGGAAUACGGCGGGGAUGAGGCUGCAGGGGAACACAGCACGGGGCCCACGGCGCAUUCCCCCGAGAGCCUGGCCGUGGUGGCCAACGCGAAGCCGCACCAGCUGUGCACGUGGCCGGGCCAGCUGUACCAGGACCUGCAGAGCCUGCUGCACGACCUGAACGUCAUCGGGCAGAUCGCACAGCUCAUAGGCGACCUCCGCGGGAACUACCAGGUACCCGCCCGCUGCGUCCGGCUUCGAUGGCGCGGCGGGCGCGGCGGGCGCGGUGGCUGCGGGCCGGGCACGCCUGUGGCUUCGUCCUGUGACGAGCGUUCUGCGGUGUCCCGCAGGUCAGGGCGGCCCGCUUUCUUCACGGCCGUGUUCAGCACCUUCACGCCCGCCGUCAAGGACUCGUGGGUCAACAGCCUGCAGAUGGCCCAGCUGGCGCUCGGGGAGGAGAACCACAUGGGCUGGUUCUGCGUGGAGGACGAGGGGAACCAGGUCCGAAAGGAGCGCCACCCUCUCCUCGUGGGACAUGUGCCGGUGACGGUGGCCAAGCAGCAGGAGUUCAAGAUCGAGUGUGCAGCCUACAACCCCGAGCCCCAGCCACCCGACCCGACUGCCCCGGCCCGCGGCUUCCUGUGGAUCGGAAGCUGUACCAGUCAAAUGGGCCAAAUUGCCAUCGUCUCGCUUCAAAAUUCCAACUCCAAAGUCAUCGAGUGCUUCAACGUGGAGUCCCGCAUCCUGUGCAUGGUGCACGUCCCCGCGGAGGGGGACGGCCAGGAGCCCAGUGCCACCGCGGGGCCCGAGGCCACGGCAGGGAGAGCACCGGGCGUCCCCACGGUCUGCCUGGGGACCGAGGAAGGCAGCAUCUCCGUGUACCAGAGCAGCCAGGGCGCCAAGAAGGCGCGGCUUCAGCACUUCUUUGCCCCCGAGCGGUCCGCGGUCCUGAGCCUGGCCUGCACGCCGCGGAGCCUGUGCGCCGGCCUCGUCGGCGGGGCGGUGGCCGUCUACGCCAAGGCAGAAGAUGGAGCCUGGGAUCCCGAGCCCCAGAUGGUGAUAAAGUUGGGCGUGCUGCCCGUCAGGAGCCUGCUGGUGACGGAGGACGCGCUGUGGGCCGCUUCCGGAGGGCAGGUCUUUGUCAUCGGCAUGGAGACGCUCAGCGUGCAGGUGAGCGGGCACCAGCGGCUGUCGGUGACCAGCCUGCUCGUCUGCCACGGCCUGCUGAUGGUCGGCACCAGCCUGGGCGUCGUCGUGGCCCUGCCCGUCCCCCGUCUGCAGGGCAUCCCCAAAGUGACCGGCAGAGGCAUGGUGUCCUACCACGCGCACAGCGGGCCUGUCAAGUUCCUGAUCGCGGCCACCACCGCCCCCAAGGCAGACAAGGACAAGCCCAGGGCCAGCCCAGCCCCAGGCGCGGACCCCCAGGACGCAGACCAGAAGGACGCACUGCCCGGCGAGGGCGCCUGGCCCUGCCCGAGUCAGCACAGCUCCGACGCCGUGUGGCUGGGGACUUCCCCGGGCUCCGCGACGCACCGAAGUGGGCUCUCGUCGUCCGGGUCCCUGGAGCCCGGGUCCGAGGACGGCUUCGACCUCCUGCAGCAUCCCGGCACCACGCCGGCCCGGGGGCCGUGCGCCAGCUCCGCGAGAGUCAGCUCCGUGCUGCUGGCCUGCGGGGGCCAGGGCCACCGGCGCUUAGGCAGGAGGGCCCGGCAGCCGCGGCCAGAGGAGCUGGUCUCCUCCGUCAUGGUGUGGCGGAUCCCCCUGCUCAACGCGUGAAGGCGGAGUGAAGAAGCAUGGGGCGUCGCGGGGAAGAAGCAUGGGGCGUCGCGGUGCUGGCUCCUGCUCCCGCCCGUGGCUGCUUCUCUUCCAUGCGCAGAGCUGGACACACACGUUUCCUGAGACAGCAGAAGAGGCAGGGGAUGCUCGAGUGACGGAGCCCGGACCCGCCCGUGUCCUGUCGCUGGGGCGUCUGCGAACGAGCCACGUUUGGCCGCGCAGGGAUUUAGUAACAGCUCUUCCCACAGCUUCGCUGGAUUCGGAUGCGCUGCGUUUAUUUAUGUCGUGGGUCUUCUCCUUCCAGAGCAGAGUCUGUAUCAGUGAGGGAGCCGCCGGUCCGGGCCGUGCUUCGCUUCCCGAACAAGCCGAGCUUCCUAAAGUGGCAUAAUGUGUAUGUUGUAUAUUUUAACAAAGUAGUAUUUUUAUAUUUUUUGCAUUUUUUUUGUAUUAAAAAGUUAACAGUUAAUGUUUUAGUCAAUAUGUCAUAUGUAACAUUUCACUAAUAAUGUCUGCUUUGAACCAAAAUGCUCAAUACCUAUCAACAUUUAGGCUCCAGCGGUGACACCAAGAUGUUCUCCUGUCUCGUCUUACGGAGAGUUAACGUCCGCACGGGCAUCACAGGGGGCGUGUCCUGGUCGAUCUUUCGUGCCGUUUCUUGCACCUGUCGACCUGAAAUGCUGUCUCUGAGCACAUUCUGAAGGACUCGCGGUGCUAGUGAAUGUGGCUGUGCCAUGGCUGGCAGUGGGACGCGGGAUGAGGCAGGUGACACGCCCAUCACAGGCCCUGCCAUCGAGCUGCCUCCUGCUCGUGCGCAGGUUUGCAGAGCCGACCGCGAGGGCAGGUGUGCGAGGGCCCAGUCCGGCGGUCGGUCCCCUGUGCUCCACCCGUGUUUACACGUCACUGUCUUACUGGGUGACUAAAAAAGCUAAUGCAGGCGUUCACCAGAAAUGAAUUUCUUAGCACUUUACAGAUGACUAAAAAUGCUAAUUUUAUGACUUAGCCGAAUAUUGUCCAAGGUGGAAGUAAUUCUCUCCAAGCUUUCUUAAACUGUUAGCUGCUGUCUUAUUUUAUGAAUAAAACCUUUUUAUUUAAAAUA